GGGUCGUUUGUGGGUGUGGAGAUGCGCGAGGUGAUCGACGAGCAGCGCGUGGGCGUGCCGAUAACAGUGGGGCAGUUCCUGGGCACUUUUGAGGACCCCGCAGCCACGGCUGGGAUGAUGGAGAAGGCUGGGCAGAUGGGGGCGGAGAUCAGCGAGUGGGUGGAUGUGCCGGUGGCUGAAUCUGUACCUGUCCAGGGAGGGGAGGAGACGGGCCAGCAGGGCAGCAGGACGGGAGGAGGCGGAUUGCCUAGCGUCAUUCGGCGCCAGCGCAGCAUCAAGUACCGAUUCUCUCGGCAGGUCCCGCCCCUCUCCCCAACCGUGACAGCAGUGCAGCAGAUGACACAGCAGUGCAGCAACAGCAGCCAGGGUGACGGCCAGGGGGAUGCCAGUGGGCGUGUUUGGAGCAGGUGCUCACACUCCAGAAAGUGCCCUUCGGCGAUUGCUUCCAGGUGGAGAUUCUUCAGGAGAUUCAAGGCAAGGAGAGUUUCACUCCGCCACCCGCAGCAGCCGGCGCAGCAGCCGGUGGGGCAGCAGGCGAGAACAGCGCAGGAGGUGUGGUGUCAAUUGCUGCUGCAGCAGCAGGCAGCGCAGCUGCAGACGCCGCUUCAAGCGCUGCCGGUGCUGCAACCGCUGUGGCCUCGGCACUGGUUGCCGCCGCAGGAGCGCUCAAGCUGAAAGGAAGAGGGGUUGGCGGAAGCAGCAUGGCAGCGGGCGACAGAGGAGGGGAUGGGGAGAGAGGAACAGCAGGGGCAGGAGCAGCAGCAGUAGCAGGGGCAGCAGCAGGAGGAGGAGGAAUUGGGGCAGUAACAGCAGGGGGUUUGCAGGAGGCGGUGCUGCGGGACGAGAGGGUGAGAUCGGUGCUGCAUGUGCGCGUGGUGAUAGUGUGGCACAAGGAGCUGAGUGAGGCCACGAGGGCCAAGAUCAAGAGCAGCAUCGGCAGAUUCUACAAGCAGCAGGCGCGGCGAGUGGUUGACCUCAUGGCCGCUCAGACAGGCUGAGAGGCUGAGAGGCUGGCAGGCUGACAGGCUGAUUGCUGGUGCACGUCCGAGUGUUAUGGGGGAGAGCGUGGCCCAAGAAGCUGAGUGAUGCGACGAGGGGCAAGAUCACGAGCAGCAUCGGGUCGGGCGGUUGUACAAGCAGAAGGCCAGGCGGGUUGUGGACCUCGUGGCCAUGCAGAGAGGCUGACACGCUGAGAGGCUGAGAGGCUGAGAGGCUGAGAGGCUGAGAGGCUGAGAGGCUGAGAGGCUGACCACUGUCUCAGGUUCGAGUGUUACAGGACGAAGGUCACACCAGCAGACGAGUAAGGAAACAAGGGCAAAUAUCAAGAGCAGCAUCGAGCAGCUCUACAAGCAGCAGAUGAGGUGAGUCGUGAGCCUCGUGGCUGCGCAGGCAGGCUAAAAGGGAGAAAUCUGGAAGGCUGAACGGCCGAGAAGCUAGGCGCGUAGACUCAGCAGAGGUUUGCGAGCCAGAGGGGAACUUUGUAGAAACGGGUACUGUGUAUGCACAAGGAGUGUAGGCGUUUUGUUGAAGUCCAUAUUGCACUUGUGUGAUGUGCUUAGAGAGAGUUGCAGUCCUGGAUUGUUGCAAACACCAGAUUUGGCUUUGGAUAACGGAUGGCAUACACUCAAACUACA